GUACCGAGAAGUGGACUAAACUGGUAGCCUACUCAUUACUUUGACAGAUAAAUCUUAAAUUUCCGGGUUUUCGGUUUGACUCAAAGGCAGCAUCAGAGGUAGCGCUGCCGUUAGAGACGUUUAAACCGUCAACAAACUCCAACAAGUUGCCUCGCCGUUCAAACACGCUUCAGUUUACUUUCGUAAACUUAUUAUUACCUCUGCCAGUGUGAGCCGGUUGAAUAUGUUGUGGUUAACAGAGAUAUGUUGGAUUUCGGGGUGUAAAUAAAGAACCCGGGAUAGACAGAGACCCACGUUAUGUCAGCGCUGGACAGACCCGCGGCGGAGCUCACCGUCAUGGAUGUGUACGACAUCGCCGCGGUGCUCGGCCAGGAGUUUGAGCGGGUCAUAGACAGGUUCGGCUGCGAGUGUCUGGUCGGGGUGGUGCCCCGAGUGGUGCAGGUUCUGGAGUUCCUGGAGGUACUGGUGGGCCGCGGGACAGCCGGACAGGAGACCGAGGAGCUGCGUGGGGAGCUGGACAGGCUGCGGCGGGAGCGGAGCGACAGAUACGAGCAAGAGAAGAAGCACCAGAAGGAGUUGGAGCAGGUGGAGGACGUGUGGAGGGGAGAAGUCCAGGACCUGCUGUCUCAAAUAACUCAGCUUCAGGCAGAGAACAAGAGGCUUUCAGUGAACCUCUCGCUGAAAGAGUCCCCCAUCACGGAGGAAGACCCACAGGAACAUGAAGGAAAGUCAGAGAAAGAAAACCAACUGGUACAGAAGCUGAACGACUUGGUGGAUAGACAGAGAGACGAAAUCCGGGCAAAAAACCACAAGCUUAUGCUUAAAAACGAGGAUGUUGAAGCGCUCCAGCUGCAGCAGCAUCGGCUCAUCAGAAUCAACCAGGACCUUCUUCACAGGACCGGAGUGAUGGAGGCUCAGGGCAAGACACUGAUACAGCAGAAAGCUGAGCUGGAGGCUGCAUCCCAAGCACAGCAGCAGGAGUAUGCAGCCCUUCAGCUGGAGGUCAGGAGACUGAGACAGGAGCUCCAGGAGAAGGAACUAGAGAGAGAACUUGCAGAGAUAGAGUCCCCUGGGGGAGCUAGAUCUGGGACUUCUUUACCAACAUCAGCACCAAUGACAACUGCAGAAACAUCACUUUCUGACUCUUUCAAACCAAGGUCAGUGUGGGUGGAGUGUGGAGGGGAUCCUGGCUUCAUGGCAAAGUGCCUCGAGUGUGACAAGAGUCUUUCCCUCCUGACAACAUCAGCAAACAGAAAGAAUGAGGGAGGCCUUACCGAAGAAGAAAACAUCACAUCACAUUUAUUGGUACAGUCAGUUUAUGCAGAGUCAGAGGAUGAGACGGACAGCUCUGAGCAGAAGGCAGACAAACCUCGUUUCACCUUGCAGGAGCUGCGGGAUGUCCUGCAUGAGAGGAAUGAACUCAAAGCCCAGGUGUUCAUGCUCCAGGAAGAGUUGGAAUAUUACAAAAGUGAGGACUUUGAAGCGGACAUCAGUCCUACUGUCUCUGUCUCUGAUACUGCAUCACAUACAACUGCAGAUGAUCAGUCUGAAUCAGGAAUAAGACGCUUGUCCCCGGACAGGAUCUUCACUGCCAUAAUGCCAAUGGUGGCUGCUGGUUUAAUCACAGACGAUCCCACCAUGUUGCCAAUCAGAAGACUUAUUUCCUUUGUAUGACCUUGUCAUAGAAAGGACAUUUUUACUAUUCACCUCGACUCAAACAACUAGUUUAAAAGCAACAAUUAUUUUAAACUAAUCCUAUGUCGUGUUUAUACUUGGCAUGGGCCGGUAUAAUAUUCUUAUUGUAUCAUGGUCAAAUAAUCUAAAAAUAUAAAACAUUUUUAACACUUUUAUUUAAAAAGAAAUGCUCUACUGUUGCAAAAAUAAUAUUGCAUAUUGAUUAUUACAGCUGCAACAAUGUUAUAAAUAACAUUUAUUUAUUAUUUUUUAUUUCAAUAGAAAGACUUGAGCCAAAAUGUUAAGUAAUCACUCUUUGAAUUUAGUAUUGGUUUUAAAGUACAUCAGGUUAUUUCACAGACUAAGGUGUUACAUAUUUUGCCUUCUCUCUUCAUAUUGGAAAACUAGAAGAAUAACAAUCUUAAUGGCUGCUUAAUGAGUCAAGCCUGCUGCUGACUGCUUAACAGAGCUUGUAGCUUGUCAGCUGUGAGAGAUGUUUUUCACCACUACGAAUACGUAAAUAGUGGAGAUUACUUUCAGCCAGCUGAUUUGCAGUGUGCAGCAAAUCAGCUAGGGAAGUGACAGCAUUGCACUUCCUUAUGUUCCUUGCAGCCGGAGAAAACUUUAGCGCUCUUUUGGCAACUCAUUAAAAGGGCAUUAAUUCACAAUUGUGGGGUUAUGACAUAAAAUGUUUGUACUUCUAAAAUCAAAAGCUUUUAAAACCUUUGUAUGCCUUGAUAUCAAUGAUCAGCCUCUGCCUAGUUCAUACAUUUAAAAUCAAAGUGAAUCAACUAGCCAGUUUUUAUGUUUUGGUUUUACUUAUAGCCAACCUGGCAAGAGCUUUAAAUAAAUCCAAAUAGUCUGCAUAUAAAUAGUCUGAGUUAUCAAAUCCUGUUUUGGAGCAUUAUCUGAGUUGUUUCAAACUGUUCCAAGACAAGCUAACUGGACAUACUGGUGAUUUAUGUUUUCAAAGUGACUAUUGGUCCAUUGUCUUAAAAUGUUUAAAUGAAUAUCUUUGAAUUGUGUUGUUCGCUCUUUUAAACCACCUUAAUGCUUUAUUAUUGACAAAUAUACAACAGAUAUGUUAUACAUAGCCAUUGAUAUCUGCUGGUGAGUACAUGUAAAAUUAUGGUUCUUGCAAAUAAAGUAAUAAAGGUUUAUUUUUUACAA